AUGAUGCUCCAUAUUCAAGCUUUCCCUAUUCCUGAUUACAAUCCCCCCUUCAAACUCAAUCGUCGAAUGGAAACAAUGGGUCUGGAGAGGUCUGCUCAAACGGCCGCAGAAUUCGCCCACAAUCCUACCGCGGCUCAUGACGCGUUUAGGAGUACAACUAUCGAAUCGCCUUUUCAUUCCUCGUCCCCGUAUGAAUAUGUACCUGAGCAAUUCCCCGCUGGGAGACGUGACGAAUUUUCCCCCCACACUGCCGUCGAUUCUGAUUUUCGAUUUGAACGUCCGAAGCCUAUCCCAGAUCGUAAAGCGUCUACUGCUUCAACCGUUGGCCGACCCGGUGUACUCAGAAACCUUGCCUCCAAGCUAGAAAAGACAGCUAAUGCACUCGACCACAAGCCGCUUUCUAUUCGAAUUUACGAGGGUACGGGAAUGAAGGCAUUCGUCAAAUUCUUAGGUCUCACAGGCCGUGCCAUGAAGUCUGCCGGUAAACGUGCAGGCUCCCUAGCCGUCAAAGGCGUAAAGAAAACAGGAACUGCCGUGAAAAUUACUGCUCAAUACACUCUGGGAUUUACUGUCGCUGGGGGGCUAGCAGUCUAUGAUGGUAUCGUAGGUUUGGUAAAAUGGACAGGUCGCUUGGCAGCAUAUGCGGCGGUGGGUACUUACAAGGGAGCAAAGAGGAUUACACAAUUACUCGCCUUAGGAAUCAAAACAACAGGAAAGGGUGCUAAAACAGCAGUGGGUGCAGCUGCAAAAGGUGCAAAAUCGGCUGCCGUAGUCACAACUAAGGGAACAAAGUCAGCUGCUCGAGCAACAUUAAGGGGCGGGAAGAUAGCUGCUAAAUUCACGGCUAGAGGAGGGAGAAGAGCAGCCAAGCUCAUUGAUCGAGGUACGAAUAAUGCUAAAUUUCGCAUCGCAAACACCAUCGCAAGGAGUGGAGAAAGGGUUAAUCGGCUGGGCAUGGACAUCAUUGAAAAGGCUAUCGCUAGGAGUGAGGAAACUGGCGAGCCGAUAAAACUGCCGCAGUGGAUCUUACUGAGACAGAAAAACAAACAACCUUCGAUCCCAGGCAUCAAGCGCAAGCAGUCCUUCAAACUGGCUCCAGCUCGGUCACCAACUUGGCCUAGGACUGCGCACUCAGGUCCACUAUGA